GCGUCCGUCGUGGGCGCGAGCACCCGCGGGGCCUCGGCCGGACUGGGCGUCCCCGCGCGCGGCAUGGGGCGGGUGGCCGUGGCCGAGCCCGGGGUGCUGAGUGCCCACGCCCUCCCCGCAGCCCAGCCAUGCGCGACUUCGAGCUGCCCGUGGGCACGUGCCCCGACAUGUGUCCGACGGCCGAGCGCGUCCGGCGGGAGCAGGAGCGCCGCCUGCACCGCUUCGAGGUGACGCCGGGGUGCGGCGGGGCCCGGCCCCGCGCCGACCCGCAGCGCGUGGUGAAGGAGUACAGCCGCCCGGCCGCCGGCCGGCCCCCGCCGCAGCCCUGCCAGCUGCGGCCGCCGUCGGUGCUGCUGGCCACGGUGCGCUACCUGGCCCGCGAGGUGGCCGAGCGCACCGACGCGUCCCCCGCCGAGGUGGCCAGCUUCGUGGCCGACCGGCUGCGCGCCGUGCGGCUGGACCUGGCCCUGCAGCGCGCCGGCCACGCCGAGGCGGCGCUGGUGCUCGAGGCGGCGCUGGCCGUGCUGCUGGCCGUGGUGGCGCGGCUCGGGCCCGACGCCCAGCACGGCCCCGCCGACCCGGUGCUGCUGCAGGCCCAGGUGCAGGAGGGCUUCGGGUCGCUGCGGCGCUGCUACGCGCAGGGUGCCGGGCCGCACCCCCGCCAGGCCGCCUUCCAGGGCCUCUUCCUGCUUUAUAACCUCGGCUCCGUCCAGGCCCUCCAUGAGGUGCUGCAGCUGCCCGCUGCCCUGCGCGCCUGCCCGGCCCUGCGCACCGCCCUGGCUGUGGACGCCGCCUUCCGAGAGAGCAACGCAGCCCGCCUCUUCCGACUGCUCCGGGCCCUGCCCUAUCUGGAAAGCUGCGCCGUGCGGUGCCACGUGGGCCUCGCUCGCCGCCAGGCCCUGGCGCGCCUGGCUCGGGCCCUGAGCACCCCGAAGGGCCAGACGGUGCCCCUGAGUUUCCUGAUCCACCUGCUGGCGCUGGACGGGUCCGAGGAGGCACAGAGCCUGUGCCAGUCCCAUGAUCUGCCCCUGGACGCAGAGCAAAGAGUCGUGUUCCUGCGUGGUCGCUACGAUGAGAAGGGGCUGCCCCCUGCUGGGGACUGCACUGUGCUAUUGAGAAGCAAAAUCGAGGGGCGCACCCUGGAGGAUGUGGUCAUGGCCGAGGAGGAAGACGGGGGUGUGGGCCAACCCAUGUCCCCAGUAUGAGGAGGGCCUGUGGCACCUGCCAGAGCCCAAAUGCCUGGCCAGUUUCUUUGUCAUCAUUCUCAGACAAUAAAAGAACUUCCUAGUUUU